AUGCCUCUCCAUUAUGAUCGUGAUUUCGAGCAAGCGGCGGCUCCUUUCUUCGCCGCCAGAGCUGCCAGGCCAUUUACUUUAAACACAGCGCUCGACAUUCGAGCCGUGAUGGGGCCUUCGACGAAAGCAUUUAUGUCAGCCGUACCAGUCCCUCCUGGUGUGACAGAGGAGAAACACGAGAUCAAGUCCUAUGAUGGUCAGUCCAUCACUGUCUACCGGUACUGGAAGAAGGGGGCAAAUAAAGCCACACCAGCCGUUGUUCACACUCAUGGGGGUGGGAUGGUAUUCGGCGAGGCAAACACGGCGGCUGGCGUCCUUUCAACCUUCGUCGAGAAGACAGGUGUGCAAAUCUUUACUGUGGACUACCGCCUCGCUCCCGAGCAUCCCUUUCCAACUCCACCAGAAGACAGCUACGCCGCACUGGCAUGGGUCAACCAACAUGCUAGCGAGCUUUCCGUCGACCCAGCCCGCAUCGCCACGAUGGGAGAAAGUGCUGGGGGCAACCUCGCCGCUGCAAUCUCCCUCAUGGCUCGGGACAGGGGGCUAUCACCCCCACUGGCCAAACAGAUCUUGAUCUACCCUAUGCUGGAUGAUCGCAACGUGCACGAGAUUAUAACGUUGAAAGAUCUCGCACUCUGGACCAUCCAUGCCAAUCGGCUUUGUUGGUCAGCAUAUCUGGGCUCGGAUUUCGGCACUGAUCGGGUUUCGCAAUAUGCAGCCCCAGCACGGGCGAUGACCCUGGAGGGCCUCCCAGCCACGUAUAUCGACGUUGGACAGUUGGAUAUCUUCCACGGGGAGGCUAUGCAAUACGCCGCGCGGCUAGCGGAGGCAGGCGUCGAGGUAGAGUUCAGCAUGUUCGCUGGUGUUCCUCAUAUCUGGGAUAUGUGUGCGCCUCAGUGUGCCAUUGCCAAACGGGCGGCUGAAGGACGGGAGCGAGCGCUCUCUGCGCUGUGGAAUUGA